UUACAAAUGAAGAACCCUAAUCAAACUAUAUAUUUUCAAGUAUCUAGGGUUUUGUUCCUCUCUGCACUUGCCAUCUCUUCCAGAGUCCAGCGACAAUGGUGGCCGCCAAGAAGACGAAGAAGACCCAUGAGAGCAUCAACAACAGGCUCGCCCUUGUCAUGAAGAGUGGCAAAUACACCCUCGGUUAUAAGACCGUUCUCAAAUCCCUCAGAAACUCCAAAGGUAAGUUGAUUAUCAUUGCUAACAACUGUCCACCUUUGAGGAAGUCAGAGAUUGAGUACUAUGCCAUGUUGGCAAAGGUUGGCGUGCACCAUUACAAUGGGAACAACGUCGACUUGGGCACCGCAUGUGGAAAAUAUUAUAGAGUUUGCUGCCUUAGUAUUAUUGAUCCUGGUGAUUCUGAUAUCAUUAAGACACUCCCUGGCGAACAGUAAAAGUGGAAAGUGUUUUGAUUGUUAUAACCUGCUUUUAGUUUUAAGCUAUUCGGUGUAAGGUGCAUUGCUUUGGGGAUUCUAGCAGAUUGUGCAUUUGAGCAAUUUUAACAUUCAAAAUUUUGAACAUGCUGUUGAUGUUUAGUUCAUGGAAGUUCUCAUAUGUUUGGUUCAUAUUAAAUUUGUAAAAGCAACUGAUGGUGCUAUUGGUAUAAAAUUUUGAAGAUUUGCUCGUUUAGAAUUAUAAA